CAAGAGCUCGAGCACCGACAAGAGCGAUAUGUGCCGCUGUGACAGGAAAUAACCUCGAUGAUGGAAAGUUCUUCUUUUCAGCCAAAUGUGAGGAGGACGACUACGAAGAUGGCAUCGAUGACUGCAGUCUCUGUGUUUCUGCUCUGCUGCUUCGCCGUCGCCUCUGUUGCCUCCCAAGAUUGUGACCAGUUUGCUGCAACGGGCCGAAGCUUCAAUGUUCCUCUGGGAUACGUUCUGAAAAAAACUGAGACUCUGAAGUGGAAGUUUAAUGACAAGACAGUAUUUUAUCAAAAAACAACAGGGGUAAUUACUGGGGGAAAGGACAAUAUUACUGCAGAUGGAUCCCUCAAACGGAUAAAUGUGAGUAAGAACCAAGAAGGACUUUACACCGCUGAGGUUUUUGAUGAACAAGGAAAAGAGAAAACCAAAAAGACCAUACAAUUAUGUGUUCUGGAUCCUGUGAUAAAGCCUAAAGUGGAAACAGCAUGUAAGGAUAAAAACGUGAUCAUUAAAUGCACUCCUGAUAAGCCACCUAAGGAUGUGGAGUAUAGAUGGAUUAAAAACGGUGUCGAGAUGGAGAAGGAAACAAAAUUAUCUUUUGAAGUGAAUGCCGCACAAACUAAAGCUGACAAGUUUGCUUGCAAAUUUUUCAACAAAGCGAGUUCUGAAGUCAGUGAUGCUGUCACUCAUGAUUGUGCUAAAACAGGUAUCCCAGGUCUGCCGGAUGAACUGUGGGGAAUAUCUAUCUGGUACUAUGUGGGUGGUGGAGGAGGAAUUGUUCUACUGCUGAUCAUCAUUGUCAUUGUUUGCUGCCUCCAAACCAGACGAACGAGGAAGCUGCGCCUGAAGGAUGAGGAGGAGCUUCGUUUGGAGUGGACCAAUACUGAGCAGCAUAAUCACCAUCAUCACCAUCAUCACGAUCUUCCUCCUCUUCCUAAUCAUCCUCCACCUCAUCAUCCUCACAAUCACCAGCACCAGCAGCAGCAGCAGCAGGCGCCGGGUAAUACCGGCCCCAGACAAAGCCGCUCCAAGCAGAACCGCCAACCGCGACCUAAAGCCCCUGAACCCAACAGCCAGCCUCAGCCCAGCCCACGGCGAGCCUUACAGGCCAAACAACACGCCAAUGACGCUGAUGAAGAGCAGCCUCCUCCUCUUCCCCAGCCCAGGAAGAAAGGUCCCAAAACACAACUAGAUUAAAAUCCAUCUGGGUUUAAACAAUGUAAGCAGACAUUUUAUUUGUCAGUCACGGACCUUUUGUCAUCCUGAUUUCGCAGGCCACACCUCUUUCAUCUUUACUUGUGUUUAAACUACAAAACUUCAGUUCAUAUUGAGUUAUGGAAAACCUACAACCUUCUUAAUAUUUGAAAAGCUUAAAGCUGAACUCAAACUAGAAUUUUUCAAACUCUUUUUGACUUUUAUUAAAAAUGUCACUUGUCAUAGUUUAGCUAGAGAAUAAAUUAUGCAUUGGCCAGUUAAGGAUAUCAAGGUAAACCAUUGUUUUAAAAAAUGUGUGGUUUCAGAACCUCUGAACCUUCACAUCACAUUAUUCAAGAGAAUGUUCCAGCAUGACAGGGUUUAUUUUAAAAGGCUGGUUUUAAUGUAAUCUUCUCUAAUAUGUUGAAAGUGUGCUUUAAUGUUUCAUUAAUAAGAUUAUCAAGAUAUUUGUACCGAAAGACGAGUUCAAUCUCAGAACCUAUGAAGGUCAAAAUAGAUAAUCAAUUUAUCAAAAUCCACCUUAAAUUAGAAAAUAACAUUUGGCUCGGAUCACUCGGAUCCAACAGUUUGCAUUUGUCUUAGUUAAAAAUAAGAUUUAUGUCAGAGCGCAUUUUUAACAGAAUUAAAGGCUUUUUGAAGUUUACUCAGUGCCUCAUUUUAUAUGCUGAAAGAACAGCAAUUUACUCUAUCAUCUGCAUAGAGGUGAACAUUUGGAACAAGACUUUUAAAGGGGACAUAUCAUGCUUUUAAAUCCUCCCUUUUCACAUUUAAAUUAUUUAAUUGUGGUUUAUAUAAAGUGGAACUGCAAUGCUUUGGUCUCAAUUCCUUGAUACUGUUGCCCCACAAGCCUUUCUUUUCCCCCUAUUUUGAGGUGUAUCUCAGAGCAACUAGUUUUGGUGCUAUCCCUUUAAAUAUAAAAGAGGCACUUCACACCCCGCUCCCUACAAGUUACAAAGAGCUCCACCCCAUUUUUGCAGAAAAAUGGAGGUCAGUGUAAUUAAUUGUGUGGAUUAAUACACCCACCAACCGAACAUUUUCACUUAUCCACCUGUAGUUUUGACAAAAUCCAUGGAAGAAAUAAAAAUGUCACAUUCGCAAUAUUGGUCAGUUGGAAGGUCAUGAUCUUUUUUUUUUUCUUUUUUUUUUUGCAGUGCCUCAACAAAUGGUGUGAUUCUAAUUGUUGAAAAAAAUGUAACAGGGAAUGGAGAAAACUAAACAGAUUUAAAAAAGAGUGUAGAGCCACA